AUGACCGCCAUUGUCACCGACCCCUCCCCCCCCUCCACCCUUCUACUCCAGCUGCAGGCUCUUUCCUCGUCAGGCGGGCACCUUGCCCAGAAGAAACUUGCAGGGCCCUCCUCGACUCCGCCGAACAAGAAGUCCCCCCUCCCCCCUGCCAAGUCUUCAUCAAUCCAGCGUCCGCUUCGAGAAAUAAGGCGUGUCGUCACCGCCAUUUAUAUCACGCAGCCCCGCCAGGGAAAGGAGCUGAACGCCCCGAGGCCAGCGCCGGCGAGCUUCACCGUUAUGGACAAGAUCUUCCUCCCUCUCAGGGGAGGGCUUGUGACGGGCUUGUCUCGGCACCCCGUUACCCGGGCGUUGGUGUUCGCCCUACCCGACAUGCAACUCUACGCCCCGUCUCAAGCAGAAGCGUACAUCCUCGAAGCGAUAGAAGUCCGUGGCACACUGGUUGAGUCGAGUUUCCCGGCCGAGGCACUGCAGGCCAAUUGUGUCUGA